CGUAUUAAGACACCCUUUCCUAUUGAGUUAUUUGUGGUAAUUGGGGGUACGAUUGUGUCCCAUGUUAUGGAGCUUAGGAAAGAGCCCUAUAAUGUCAAGAUUGUCGGCGAAAUUGGUAACAAUUUUCCCACUCCGAUGUCUCCCAAUUGGAAACUGUUUCCGAUAAUGUGGGACAAAUGUAUUGCCACUGCGAUCGUGGGCUACACUAUAACCCUAUCGGUGGGCAAAAUAUACGGCAAAAAACAUGGCUAUAAAGUGGACCCAAACCAAGAGAUGAUAGCUAUGGGCGCGGCAAACAUGAUAUCCUCGACCUUCCAGUGCAUCCCAUGCGCCGCAUCCCUACCCAGGAGUGCCCUCCAAGAGACGGCCGGCGGUAAGACCCAAGUGGUCAGUGUUGUCAACUGCCUGUGCAUUGUGGUCGUCAUACUAGCCCUGGGCCGGUAUCUCGAGGAGUUGCCAACUUGUGUAUUGGGAUCGUGUAUAGCCGUAGCCCUGGUAUCUCUUAUUACAAAAGUGGGCGAAUUCAGGCGCUUUUGGAAAGUGUCAAAACUGGACGGGAUGAUCUGGAUGAUCACAUUUGUAUUUGUUUUGGUGCUGUGCGUGGACUACGGCAUAUACAUCGGUAUAGUGGCCUCACUAUUGCUGUUGAUAUACAAGAGUGAAAGGCCUAAAACCUAUUUGUUGGGCACAAUGCCGGAGCUGGACAUCUAUGUGCCCAUCAAUAAGUUCAAUCGCGUGGAGGAGCCCAAGGACUUCAAGAUAUUUCAAAUGUGCGGUCCUUUGAAUUUCUCAAACGUUGAGUACUUUUCCACUGAAUUGGAGAAUAAGUGCGGAUUUCAUUUGACUUCAAUACAGAAGUACAUGAAAAGCAAGGAAUAUAAGUCGAGUUACGCUAAGGUAUCGCAAAAUAUUAGAUACGAAACGCUACCCAAGAUUCAGUUGACACGACUGGCCCUUAAUUAUGAUACUCUACCCAAAUAUCUGGUCAUCGAUUGCUCGGUCUUCUCAUUCAUCGACUUCUCCGGGAUAUCGACUCUUAAGAAAAUAAUUUUGACGUUUGAAGACAUAGGCAUUCAGACAGUACUGUCCGGAAUACACGUCCACUUGGAGAGUAUGUUGGCUAAGGAGGGCUUCUUCACCGACAUAUCCACCGAUCACUUGUAUAAGACUAUACACGACGCUGUCGUAUGUCUUCAGGAACUGGAGAAUGAGUCCAAAGAAGACGAUGUCUUCAACGAAAAUUAUGUGUCUAGAUGUCUGACCAAAAACUUGUGA